AUGGUGGCUGGACAAAUCAUGAACGUCAAUGGAGCGCUGUUAGCCGUCUACAACCAUAACGUAAACCUCUUCAUUACAGUAGUAGUCGAUUACUUCUCGCGCUAUAUAGAACUCGCGAAGUUGACGCAGCUAUCAUCGGAAGCUAUAGUCAACCAUCUUAAGUCGAUCUUUGCGAGACAUGGAGUCCCAGAACGCGUCAGGUCCGACAAUGGACCACAGUAUUCCGCAGAAGAAUUCGCAAGCUUCGCGGAUACCUACAACUUCACGCAUGCCACAAGUAGCCCGCUGUAUCCUCAAGGCAAUGCGGAGGUAGAACGCGCGGUGCAAACCGUGAAGGACCUGGUGAAGAAGGCAAAAGACCCAUACCUCGCACUGCUAGCGUACAGAGCCACACCUCUCUUCAACGGGUACAGCCCGGCAGAAUUGCUGUUCGGGAGACGCGUGCGUACAAAUCUUCCGCAGCAUCCGACCAAACUAAACCCCCGUUGGCCGGAUAUGGACAAUCUCGCUAAGACAGAACUAGAGUACCGCAAAAAGACGGCGGAAACCGCUGACAGACGCCGUGGUGCGAGACAACUCAUUGAACUGAAGGAGGGAGACAAUGUGUGGGUUCGUGAUAAAGACGUCGCCGCUAAGGUCAUGCACAAAGCGGAGACACCGCGAUCGUAUGUUGUAGAGACUCAAUCUGGGUCGUCCCUGAGACGAAACCGCAGAAGCUUGUGCAAGCUUAGCCCAGAUAUUGAGCAGGAUUUCGUCGAGAAACCGCCAGAUCGCGAAGUACAUGUGAACACCCCGCAAGCAGUUGCGCAUCCCAACUCUGGACAGUUAGUUCGUGAACAGGACAUUCCAUCCCGUGAACUGAACUUCAACCGCCACGAGGACAGUAUCAGUGAAAGUACUGAUGGACAGCUCAAGCCUAGCCAGUAUGUGACUAGCGUCGCCGCGGCCUGUUCUGGCGAUACAUGUGCUGAGUGGCGAUGGGAGCAUAGGCUACCUGCCCCGCCGCAGCCACGCGACACCGGCACGGCGAUCCCCGACCUCUCUUCCCCGGAGCCUGAUGACGACGACAUCGACUCCUCCGACGACGAUCCAUGA